UGACCAAAAUCCUUAACCCCUGGCGCUCUCUCCUUCCCUCAAUCUCAUCGGUCCGAAACCAGAAGAAGUUACAAGACAAAAUCAGUUCUCCGGAAACUGUAAUCCCUUGUGCCUUUUUUAUUACAGAAAGCAUACCACGGCAACCGAAAUCAAACCCUAAUUCAUCUUCCUCUGCCUGGAGAUGGAAUCUCUAGCAGUUUCAUCAUGUUUUUCUCCGUCAAAUCUCCGUUUAUCCUCAUCAUCAUUUCCUAUCAAAACAAGAAAUUCAAGCUCUCACCGUUUCUUUACCACUUCACGUUCAUGCAUUCCAUCACUGAAAUGCUCAUUAGUGAAUGAGAAAGAAAGGGUGAAAUUCGACGAAGCUACAAAGAAUGGAAACAAUUUAGUACCGUUAUAUCGGUGUAUAUUUUCAGAUCAGUUAACACCAGUUUUAGCUUACAGAUGUUUAGUUAAAGAAGAUGAUAGAGAUGCACCGAGUUUUCUGUUUGAAUCGGUCGAACAAGGUUUUGGAAGUGCUAACGUUGGGCGAUAUAGUGUUAUUGGAGCUCAGCCUACAAUGGAAAUUGUUGCAAAGGAGAAUUUGGUUACUAUUAUGGAUCACGAGGAAAGGAGUAAGACAGAAGAAUCUGUUGCUGAUCCAAUGGAUGUUCCAAGGAGAAUUAUGGAGGGAUGGAAACCGCUGCUUAUCAAUGAACUUCCUGAUGCAUUUUGUGGUGGAUGGGUGGGAUAUUUCUCCUACGAUACUAUGCGUUACGUAGAGCAUAAAAAAGUGCCAUUUUCAAGUGCUCCUGUGGAUGAUAGAAACCUCCCAGACAUCCAUCUUGGCCUCUAUGACGAUGUUAUAGUUUUUGAUCACGUGGAGAAGAAAGCAUAUGUCAUCCAUUGGGUGCGUAUGGAUCGGUACUCUUCAGUUGAGGAUGCGUACAAUGACGGGAUCAAACGAUUAGAACGUCUACUAUCUGCAAUACAAACAACUGACCCGCCAAAGCUAGCUCCAGGCUCUGUGAACUUACAGACACGUCGUUUUGGUUCUUCAUUGAAGAUGUCAAGCAUGACAAGUGAAGCUUAUAAGAAGGCUGUACUUCAGGCGAAAGAACAUAUCUUGGCAGGCGACAUUUUCCAGAUAGUAUUAAGUCAACGUUUUGAACGCCGAACAUUUGCAGACCCAUUUGAAGUAUAUCGAGCAUUGAGAGUUGUCAACCCCAGUCAGUAUAUGACUUAUUUACAAGCUAGAGGAAGUAUUUUGGUAGCUUCAAGCCCGGAAAUUCUUACUCGUUUGAAGAAGGGGAAGAUUGUAAAUCGACCCCUUGCUGGGACGAUCAGAAGAGGAGAGACUGAGAAAGAAGAUGAAAUUUUGGAAAAGCUGUUGUUGGGCGAUGAAAAACAAUGUGCCGAGCAUGUUAUGCUCGUGGAUUUGGGGCGUAACGAUGUUGGAAAGGUCUCGAAGCCUGGAUCAGUAAAGGUGGAUAAGCUUAUGUCCGUGGAGCGGUAUUCUCACGUAAUGCACAUCAGCUCCGAGGUUACAGGGGAGCUACUUGAUAAUCUCAGUUGCUGGGAUGUGUUACGAAAUGCAUUGCCUGUUGGUACUGUGAGCGGAGCGCCGAAGGUGAAAGCGAUGGAACUAAUAGAUAGAUUUGAAGUAACAAGACGAGGACCUUAUAGUGGGGGUUUUGGAUAUAUCUCAUUUACGGGGGAUAUGGAUAUUGCCUUAGCUUUAAGAACGAUUGUUUUCCCAACUGCAUCCCGUUAUGAUACAAUGUACUCUUACAAGGAAGCACAAAAGCGUCAAGAAUGGAUAGCCCAUCUCCAAGCAGGGGCCGGGAUUGUAGCAGAUAGUGAUCCAGAUGAUGAGCAGAGAGAGUGUGAGAACAAAGCUGCUGGUACUUCACGUGCAAUUGAUCUUGCAGAGUCUGCAUUUGUUGAGUAA